ACAAAUCCCCAGAAGCAGCAGCAGCAGCGGCUCCGGUCGGUCAGCGGUCCUUCACGCAGCUACCUUUAUUCCCUUUUCUUAAAUUAGUCACUUUCAGCUUCGCGAUACCGCCCCCAAUUUCAGCGUCGGUACGGAGCCGCCAGGCCGGGACAGAGACGGAGAGAGAGGCCUCGGCCAUGGAAGCGCUCGGACCCGGCCCGCCCGCCCCUACCUCUCUGUUUCAGCCUCCACGGCGUCCCGGCCUCGGCACGGUGGGGAAACCCAUCCGGCUCCUCGCCAACCACUUCCAGGUCCAGAUUCCCAAGAUUGAUGUCUAUCACUACGAUAUCGACAUCAAGCCUGAGAAACGGCCUCGGAGGGUCAACAGGGAGGUGGUGGACACCAUGGUGCGGCACUUCAAGAUGCAGAUCUUUGGAGACCGACAGCCGGGUUACGACGGGAAGAGGAACAUGUACACGGCACACCCACUGCCGAUAGGGAGGGACAGGGUGGACCUGGAGGUGACCCUACCUGGCGAGGGGAAGGACCAGACCUUCAAGGUGUCUCUGCAGUGGGUGUCUGUGGUCAGUCUUCAGAUGCUGCUGGAGGCCUUGUCGGGUCACCUGAACGAGGUCCCAGAAGACUCUGUUCAGGCUCUGGAUGUCAUCACACGACACCUUCCCUCCAUGAGGUACACUCCGGUGGGGCGUUCGUUUUUCUCACCUCCGGAGGGUUACUACCAUCCUCUAGGCGGAGGCCGGGAGGUGUGGUUCGGGUUCCAUCAGUCCGUCCGUCCGGCCAUGUGGAACAUGAUGCUCAACAUCGACGUGUCGGCCACGGCUUUCUACCGCGCUCAGCCCGUCAUCGAGUUCAUGUGUGAAGUUCUGGACAUCCAGAACAUCAACGAGCAGACCAAACCUCUGACCGACUCGCAGCGCGUCAAAUUCACCAAGGAGAUCAGAGGCCUGAAAGUUGAGGUCACACACUGCGGUCAGAUGAAGAGGAAGUAUCGUGUUUGCAACGUGACGCGUCGACCUGCCAGCCACCAAACCUUCCCGUUGCAGCUGGAGAACGGCCAGGCCAUGGAGUGCACAGUAGCUCAGUAUUUCAAGCAGAAGUACAACCUCCAGCUCAAAUAUCCACAUUUACCCUGUCUGCAAGUGGGGCAGGAGCAGAAGCACACCUACCUUCCCCUGGAGGUGUGUAACAUCGUAGCCGGUCAGCGCUGCAUCAAGAAGCUCACAGACAACCAGACGUCCACCAUGAUUAAAGCCACGGCUCGCUCAGCCCCCGACAGGCAGGAGGAGAUCAGCCGACUGGUGAAAAGCAACAGCAUGGUCGGGGGCCCGGACCCCUACCUGAAGGAGUUUGGCAUCGUGGUGCACAACGACAUGACGGAGGUGACCGGCCGAGUGCUGCCAGCGCCCAUGCUGCAGUAUGGGGGCCGGGUGAGUACCGACACAGGGAGGGACUGUGGCAGGGGACUCUCUCCACAGAAUAAAACCGUGGCCACGCCCAACCAGGGCGUCUGGGACAUGAGGGGGAAGCAGUUCUACGCCGGCAUCGAGAUCAAGGUCUGGGCUGUGGCCUGCUUCGCCCCCCAGAAACAGUGUCGGGAGGAUCUGCUCAAGAGCUUCACAGAUCAGCUGAGGAAGAUCUCCAAGGACGCUGGGAUGCCGAUCCAGGGCCAGCCGUGUUUCUGUAAAUACGCCCAGGGAGCCGACAGCGUGGAGCCCAUGUUCAAGCACCUGAAGAUGUCCUACGUGGGUCUGCAGCUGAUCGUCGUCAUCCUGCCUGGAAAAACCCCCGUUUACGCUGAGGUGAAGCGGGUCGGAGAUACGCUGCUUGGCAUGGCCACCCAGUGCGUCCAGGUGAAGAACGUGGUGAAGACGUCGCCUCAGACGCUCUCCAACCUCUGCCUGAAGAUCAACGCCAAGCUGGGAGGCAUCAACAACGUCCUGGUUCCUCACCAGAGGCCUUCGGUGUUCCAGCAGCCUGUCAUCUUCCUCGGUGCUGACGUCACACAUCCUCCGGCAGGCGACGGGAAGAAGCCAUCGAUUGCGGCGGUAGUCGGCAGCAUGGACGGACAUCCCAGCAGAUACUGUGCAACCGUCAGAGUCCAGACGUCUCGGCAGGACAUGUCGCAGGGUCAUGGGGGGCUGGAGUCUAUCCCAGCUGAUUCAGGGCGAAGGCAGGGGACACCUGGACAGGAGCAGCUCUUCAGUCAGGAGGUCAUCCAGGAUCUGACCAACAUGGUCCGAGAGCUGCUCAUCCAGUUCUACAAGUCGACUCGCUUCAAGCCAACACGAAUCAUCUACUAUCGAGGCGGCGUCUCCGAGGGACAGAUGAAGCAGGUGGCGUGGCCGGAGCUGAUCGCCAUCAGGAAGGCCUGCAUCAGUCUGGAGGAGGACUACCGGCCAGGAAUCACCUACAUCGUGGUCCAGAAGCGUCACCACACCCGUCUGUUCUGCUCCGAUAAAGCCGAGAGGGUUGGGAAGAGCGGUAACGUUCCAGCUGGCACCACGGUGGACAGCACCAUCACUCACCCGUCCGAGUUCGACUUCUACCUGUGCAGCCAUGCUGGGAUUCAGGGAACCAGCCGUCCCUCCCACUACCACGUCCUGUGGGAUGAUAACUGUUUCACGGCCGAUGAGCUGCAGCUCCUCACCUACCAGCUGUGCCACACCUACGUCCGCUGCACGCGCUCAGUGUCCAUCCCAGCGCCGGCCUACUACGCCCGGCUGGUGGCCUUCAGAGCCCGGUACCACCUGGUGGACAAAGACCACGACAGCGCUGAAGGCAGCCAUGUUUCAGGCCAGAGUAACGGCCGGGACCCCCAGGCGCUGGCGAAGGCGGUUCAGAUCCACUAUGACACCCAGCACACCAUGUACUUCGCCUGAGCUCCACCUGUGGAUCCACGUCCUGUUCCCCCUUUUCUUUCUCCUCAUCUUUCUCUCCUCGUAGUCUGUCUCUUUCUCUUCUGAAUCUGCACCAAAGCGGCUCGUUGAGGGAAGAAAACCAGCUGACGGUUGGGGUAAAACCAGCUGACGGUUGGGGUAAAACCAGCUUCCCUUCGUGGAACCACCUCCAGCCGGCGUUCCCGGCCGAGCCGCCGUCUUCAACCAGCAAAUCCAGCACUGCGAAGCCGCCAUGGUUUCCGCUGCACAGAAAAAAGAAAAAGAAAAAAAAAACUAAAGAAAGAAACCAUGAAAAAACAAAAACAAACCACACACGAGUUGAGCCAUUGUUUUAGCGUUUGUUUUUGUUUUUUCCUCUCUGAAUGUGGUGUUUGUGAUACACUGAGCUCCAGCUCUCAGCUAAGCAGGACUCUUAUCUACUUUUACCUCAACGCCCAUCGGGCUAAAUCUGUCACAAGGUCUGGGGUUUAUCGGGUGGUGGGGAGGGACUCUUAGAGACGGAGGGGAGUCGACCUUUUCAGAAUGAUAUAUAUACAUAUAUAUAUAUUUUUCCUUUUUAUGAACGUGUGUUUUAACUUUUUCUCCUUUUUCGGUCUUUUACAAGCGAGGUGACCUGGGUGUCCAUGCCCAUUGCGACUUUCCUCCCAUCUUAGCAACGUGUGUGUGAUCUCUGUAUAUACAUGUACUGUUGUAUGAGAGUGUGUGUGUAUGUGUGUGUGUGUGUGUUUCAUGGCAGGCCACUGAAUUGUAAAGGGAAAUCAUGGAGAUAACUGCUGUAAAUGCCUCAGAUUUGUUGUUUUUAUAUUCACACGUACAGUACAUAUAAGCAUAUAUUUACAUCUAUAGAGCAACUUUGAGACAUAUGACAAAAAACAGGCCCGACGAGGCCAGUGUGGGUAUUUCCUAGCAGCCCUGGAUCGCUUUGUCGCCUGAAAUGCGUCGGAUUAUGAGGAAAAUCGACUAAUCAGCUGCGUUUGAGUCAGUGGAGUGAGUCCAGGUCUGAGUGUAGCAGUAGCUGUACCCGUGGUCCGGCCGGCCGAAGGCAUUAAUCACAGUUUUAUCAGCGAUCUUAAUUUCCUUUGGACCUGAUUAUAUGAAAGAUUAUAUGGACGACACUGCUGGACAUUUCUUCUUUUUUUAAAAAUAGUUUCAAGGGCCGGAAACCGACAUAGUUUUUUCUUUGAUUGUUUUUUUUCGCUAAUAUUUGGUCAAUUCAUUGCACUGACCCGGGACGCUAGGCAAGCAACAGAGGGCACUCUCAAUCUCUCUUUACCUUUAUGCAUUUAUACAUACGAAUCGACGGAUCAGAUUUGUAAAAGUUUAAUAUAAGAUGUUUUGUGGUUAUCUUUAAAAAAAAAAGAACAAAAAAAACACAAAGCGUUGUUUAGGAUCUAGUAGUUUACCAUCGAUGUUGUCGUUGUUGUCAAUGUUGUUGCUAUUGUGAUGAAAUUUUACGGUUCGGCAGCAGAAGCCAGUUUUAUUCUGGUUACUAGUUUGGGAAUAGAUUCGGUUGUUGAGCUGCAGGUUCGAGGGUUCGGAGGUUUUAUUUGUAGCAUCCUGGCGAACAGUGGCAGCAGUGGGAUUGAGGCUCCGUGUAGCGUCUGGUUGGAUCAAACAUUACGCAGAUGAUGUAUUAUACAUUUCUAAUACUGUUCAUGAAAAGUCCGAUUAGCUCACAUUUGAUGGGGUAUUUUUACCGAUGUGGCUAAAAGACGCAACUCUUCUUGAGAAAUGCAUCCGAUAAUCACAUUUGAUCCGGUCAGAGAAGCAUUUUUCCAUUUUUUCUUUUGUAAAUAAGCUGAAAAUAAUGGGAAAAAACACAACCAGGAGUUUUAAAGGCUCCAAUUCUCAGUGUUUCUCAGCCGAAGAGUUUAGUCGUUUUGUCCGUUAACGAGUUUUUAGAGGAAAAACUGCUGCGUUGAUUCAUGAGUUUAUCGCACUAUUUUUCUGAUUCUUUCCGUCUUUGGUUCAUUAUUUUCAGUGUAUUUAUAUAAAAGAAGAAACGCAAAACGCUUCUCAAAGACUUGAUUUUUUUUUUCCUAUAGUUGCGUCAUUUUGCAACGUUGGUGAAAAAACAAACAGUAAAUGUGAGAUAAUCUGACUUUCCAUGAUCAAUAUUAGAAACAUAUAAUCCGACAUCAUCUGCUUAACGUUUGAUUCAAGCAGGUGCCACCCGGAGCCUCAAACCCACCGCUGCUUGGUUUGUUUUCGAUCGGACAAUCAGGAAGUGCGAUCAAGAUCAGAUUGAGGGAUUUGUUUUUAAGAAAAAGUAAAAAGCAGUUUGCAAUAGGCAAUGAGUUGAAUUUUUAGACUUUUUAAACAACGGUUUCUAUUACUCUCUGUGUGUAUUGAAGUAUACCCAUCUUACUAUUUAACGGCGUUUGUUUCAUAUUUUUAUGCGUUUUUAACACUGGAUUGAAUUGACAGUAAGCAUCAGCACUGCCCUCGGACCCCCUGCUGGAGAGGAAGGGGCGGGGUUACGUCGGCGUGCACGCCUCCUCAGGGCGGGGCCGCUCAGCAGACGAACCCUUUUGUAAUAAACCACCGGUAAAGCAGCAGGUUUACUAUGAAUGAGUUCGAGCGCCUUCCUGCGGACGGCGUGGGCGUCGGCGGUGGCGGUGGGCAUGGCAGGGGGUGUGUCCAGGCACUGCAUGCAAUACUUAGUUUAAAGAUCAGCUUUUUAAAAACGUGCACUAGUUCUACCGAGCCGAGCGGGCUCUUCGAUUCAGCAUCCACAAGGCGAAUAUUUAAUCCGAUGAGCAAUAUCAGCCCCGUUUUUCCUAAAAUAUGGAACAGCAAAGCUAUAAUUCUUCUCAUCGUGGUCGUUGUUGUGCGUCCGUACUUUUUUUUAAUCUCGUACUUUUUCAGUUAAUUUUAUUUGCUCGUAUCAAUCAGUGGGAAUGUGCAUUUGGUGGAAUAGUUGUGUAGAUUUUCUUUCUCGUAGACUUUGCUCGCCUGCAUGCCGGAGUAUUGUCCUUUCAAAAUAGAAGUUUAAAAAAAAACUUUUUGGAAUCAUAUUUAUUAUGAGAAAAUAUAAACACUUUUUUCUUUUCGGGUAAAUAUUUAUGGAUUUUAGUGGGACUGUUUUAGGCUAGCAAUAUGUUGUCGGUCUCUCAGAUGUAUCUUAUUCCUACACCGGUGAUGUGGAGGUCGUGUUCGGCGGCAGCGGAGUCGUUCUUUAGCGUCGUGUUCGAAUCCAAACGAGGUACUUUGUUCAAACGUUGGACCCGUUAAAGAGCGACGCCUCCGCCGCCUCCCGGCCGGUUGGUUACCGUAGCGAGCGUCCGUUUCCGUCUCCUUGUUUCCUGGUUUAUGUACCCGCGGCCGCCCUCCCGUUUCCAUGGCAACUCCUUUGGCGCCCCCCGGGUGGAGGCGGUCUCCACGGCGACGAUGACGGAGCAGGAUUACCUCUUUUUAACCUUUUUAAAGUCGACAAAAAACUAAAAAGCUCCAUAACUGUUUGUGCCCCGAUAGACAGAGAGCAUGAAUUAUUUUGAAUUCCUCUCACUUUGAUAUCUCGUUCUAUCUCGACGGAUUUGUUAUUCUGUGUUUCGUCGUGUUUUCAGUUCCCUUCUCCUCCUCAGUUCCUGUUUCUGUUGUUUAGCUCUGGUUCUGUUCCUUUCUUCUGUGAUCGUCUCAUAGCAAUAGAACCACAGAACUGGCCCCAUCUGGCUCUGACGGAGGAACCUUUGUGAUUGGUUGCGGGGCUCGUUGAGGCUCCGCCCUCAGCAGACCGCCAUUCACUCGCUGUUAUUGCUAUUAUGUGACAUGUUCAAUACAUUUUUUUUUAGCCUGCAGGGAAUUCUUGUGUUAAUGUGCAAAGUAAUAAAUUGGUAUUUUAUGCCUAAAACGAA